CAGAGACUGCCUCCUCUGACGCUCCCCCCCCCCCCCGCCCCGGCACCCUUCUAUUAUUUUCCAGGCUCUGAUCUCUCCUAGCUGCACUGAGGCACUCAGCACAGAAUCCAGCUCACAAAUCCUACCUUCUCCUUUCAUUGCUGCUGGUAUUAUUUUUCUUCUAGGACAAUACUAGCGAGCCCCCGUCUAAGCCGUUUGGGUUCUCCUCUGCUCCGGGAAGGAUUUUCUUGCAGGAACAACAAACCGCAGCAAACUUGUCUGUGUCUCCAGAAACCUUCCCAAGAAGCUGCCAGAGCUGAGGAGAGACGCGAGGAUGUGUCGAUUCCCAACGGGCAAGGACUUCUGACUGCUUGGGAAACACCUGUCACUGAGAGAGAAAAACAAGGAAGGGGAGAAUAGAGAUCUCCCCAAAGCCGCAAGACUUUAGCCAGAGUUAGCGAUUUCCAAAGGGAUUCGAGCAUGAGCAAGCCGGCAGGAUCAACAAGUCGUAUAUUAGACAUCCCUUGUAAAGUGUGUGGGGACCGCAGCUCCGGCAAGCACUAUGGGGUUUACGCUUGCGAUGGAUGCUCAGGAUUUUUCAAACGGAGCAUCAGGAGGAACAGGACGUACGUCUGCAAAUCUGGAAAUCAGGGAGGUUGCCCCGUGGAUAAGACACACAGGAACCAAUGCAGGGCGUGUCGACUGAAGAAAUGCUUGGAAGUCAACAUGAACAAAGAUGCUGUGCAACACGAAAGAGGUCCAAGGACAUCCACAAUAAGGAAGCAAGUUGCGCUGUAUUUCAGGGGACACAAGGACGAGAAUGGAGCUACACCUCACUUUCCCUCUGCAGCUUUACCUGCUCCGACCUUCUUUACAGCUGUCUCGCAGCUGGAACCCCACAAUCUAGAGCUGGCUGCUGUAUCGACUACCCCUGAACGGCAGACGUUGGUGGGCCUGGCACAACCAACGCCAAAGUAUCCACAUGAAGUCAAUGGUACACCGAUGUACCUCUAUGAAGUGGCCACUGAAUCUGUUUGUGAAUCUGCUGCCAGGCUUCUCUUUAUGAGCAUCAAAUGGGCCAAGAGCGUUCCAGCCUUUUCCACUCUGUCGUUACAAGAUCAGCUGAUGCUUUUGGAAGAUGCUUGGAGAGAACUGUUUGUUCUAGGAAUAGCACAAUGGGCCAUUCCAGUUGAUGCUAACACUCUACUGGCUGUAUCUGGCAUGAAUGGUGACAAUACAGAUUCUCAGAAGCUGAAUAAAAUUAUUUCAGAAAUACAGGCUUUACAGGAGGUUGUGGCUAGAUUUAGACAACUUCGGCUAGAUGCUACUGAAUUUGCCUGUCUCAAAUGCAUUGUCACUUUUAAAGCUGUACCUACACACAGUGGUUCUGAACUGAGAAGUUUUCGAAAUGCUGCUGCCAUUGCAGCCCUUCAGGAUGAAGCUCAGCUCACUCUGAACAGUUACAUCCACACCAGGUACCCCACACAACCCUGCCGUUUUGGAAAACUCUUAUUGCUUUUGCCAGCUUUACGUUCAAUUAGUCCAUCUACAAUAGAAGAAGUGUUUUUCAAAAAGACCAUUGGGAAUGUGCCAAUUACAAGACUGCUUUCAGAUAUGUACAAAUCCAGUGACAUAUAAACUACCUUAAAAA